AUGUCAGUUCCAGGUGUUCAACUCGGUGUACCUCAAGGUGUUCCUACUAAAGCUGCCCCUGGUGGUUUAGAUCCAGCCAAAAUCCAACAGAUCAUGGCUCAAUUACAACCAAUUGCCAAAUCAGUUGCAUUCUUCGCUAGAGAUUCACCAAUAUUGAAGAAUCGUAAAGGGUUAUUGAAUAAUAGUGAGGAUCAUGAUUUCUUCCGAUAUAAAAGACUUAUCAGAUGUUUGAUGAGUGAAGAUUAUAAGAAAGCAAGAGCUUCAAAUCCUAAAAGUGGAAUGCCCGAAGUCGUCAACGAAAAAUCCGCCAAUGAUUUAGCUAAAAUCUUGGUUCAAACUCAAUUAAUCAUACCUGUUAAUAAGUUACACUUUAAGGAGAUCAAACAAACCAAUAAGAAAUGGGUUCCUAACAAACAAAAACCUACAUUGAUCAAAUCCAAAGAUUUCACUUUCAAACCUGAUGAUUAUUAUGUUUGGAAUUAUAAUAAACCAAGUCCAUAUGCUUCAAUCUUUGGAGUGUUAUUGAUUGUUGGUAUUUUCACAGUCAUUUUAUUCCCAUUAUGGCCAUCAUUCAUGAAGAGAGGUGUUUAUUGGAUAAGUAUGAUGUUGAUGUGUUUAAUUGGAGGAAUUUUUGUCAUUGCUAUCAUUAGAUUGAUUCUUUAUGUUAUUACUUUGGUGUACGGUGCACCAUUCUGGUUGUUCCCCAACUUGUUCGCAGAUGUGGGAUUCUUUGAAUCCUUUGUACCAUUCUAUGAAUGGGAAAAGCCAAAGAAGUCUAAGAAGGGUAAGAAAUCUGCUUCAGGCGUUGAAUUAAAAGAAGUAGAAUAG